AUGGCUUCUCGUGGUCCUGUACGCCUUGCAGAAGAAAUUGAUAAGAUAGCGUCCGAUGAGUGUCUGUUGCGUGAUAUGGAGAUUCUUCCUUCCAACUAUUUCUUUGAAAUACCGAAGACGAUUUGGAAAAUUCGUUCAACAAAUAGCAAACAAGUAGCACUACAGUUUCCUGAAGGCUUGAUAAUGUACUCGGGAUUGAUUGCCGAUAUUCUUGAAAAGCAUACUGGCUGCGUUACCGUAAUCAUGGGAGAUGUAACGUAUGGAGCUUGUUGCGUCGACGAUUAUACUGCAAACUGCCUUGUUCCAAUACAAAAUACUGAAGGAAUCGCUAUGCUUUAUGUAUUCGUCAGUAUUGGCAUUAAUAUCACCAACUUCGUGGACUGUAUUCGAUCGAAUUUUGCUGCGCCAUGUCGAAUAGGCCUGGUCAGCACAAUUCAGUUUGUGACGUCACUUCAGGCAGUGAGUAAUGCUUUGGAAAACACUGGUUUGGAAAUAGUGCUUCCGCAGUGCAAACCGUUGAGUCCGGGAGAAAUUUUAGGUUGUACAUCUCCGCGACUCGACAAUAGUUGUGACGUAGUAAUAUAUCUUGGUGAUGGCAGAUUUCAUCUUGAAUCUUUAAUGAUUCAUAAUCCUGAUGUUAUGGCCUAUCAAUAUGAUCCCUAUUCGAGGAAAUUUACUCGAGAGCGCUAUGACUUUAACGUUCUGAUGAAGAACAGAAAAGGAGCAAUCGAUGUUGCCCGUAGAUGCACUACAUUUGGUCUAAUCCAAGGAACUCUUGGUCGGCAAGGCAACAUCAAGGUUGUCCAAGAACUUGAAAGGAAGUUAAUUAGUAGAAAUAAGAAGUUUGUGCGAGUUCUUCUUUCCGAGAUUUUCCCUCGGAAGUUGGAAAAAUUCGAAGAAGUUGAUUGUUGGGUGCAAGUAGCAUGUCCGCGCCUAUCCAUUGACUGGGGUGCCGAAUUUAGGAAGCCAUUAUUAUCUCCAUUUGAGCUUAUGGUUGCUCUUGAUGAGGUGUCACUUCCUUCUUCUCAUUAUCCAAUGGACUACUACUCAAACGAUUCUCUUGGUCCUUGGACGAAUAAUCAUGAAUCACACCGACCAUUGAGAACAAAACAUCGACAGAAACUAAUAGUAACAGAAGGAGUUGUUUGA